AUGUUGCAAGAAGGUCAAGAACAUAGGUUUUUCUGCAGGUUUUGUAACAAGGGUUUUGUUAGUGGUAAUUGUUUGGGGGGUCACAUGAGGGGUCAUUUAGAUUUGAUUUCUGCAGAAAAAUGUGGAGAGAAUUAUGGUGGUGGUUCGGGUUCUGAAGAAGAGGAGUUGAGUGCUGAAAUUAAAGAUUCACUGUCUUCGGAAAUGGAUGUUGAAGCUACUUAUGGAUUGAGAGAGAAUCCCAGGAAAUCUUGGAGGUGUUGGGAUUCGGAUACGAUUCAUGUGUGUAAGAAGUGUGGCGGGGAGUUCUCAUCAUCGAAAUCUUUGGCGGUUCAUAUGAGAAGUCAUUCGACUGGAAGAAGGAAAGAAGAAACUGCAACUUGCAAGGAAUGUGGGAAGAUUUUUGGUUCACUGAAAGCUUUGUUUGGACACAUGAGAUGUCAUCCCAAGCAAUCAAGGGUUUCCAAUCAAUUGCCCUUGGAGUUGGUUUCUACAAUUCGGAAGAAGAAACGAUCAAGAACUUGCUAUAGUAAGACAAUACCAAUUCUUUCAGAGGCUUGUUCUGAUAUGAAUGCAUCUUCAUCUAUUGCUGGUACUGAGAUUGAUGAAGUUGAGGAAGCGGCUACCACUUUGAUGAUAAUGUCUAGGGAUUAUGAAGGUUGGAAGGUUGUCGAAAUUAAUGGUUUGGACUUGGAUAGGUUGAAUCAAAGCAAAACGAGUAAGUUGGUUGAUCAAGUUUUUGAGUUGAUGGGCAAAACUUGUGAUGGUUACAUUCCGUCUGCUUCUGAUGAUGUCGUUUUGAAGGAUUCUGAAAGAAUUGGCGAAUUCAAAUGCAAGACUUGUGACAAGGUCUUUCAUUCUGUCCAAGCACUUAAUGGCCACCAGCACAUGCAUAGAACCAAUGAUGGUUGCACUGAGCUGAAGGUGGAGAGAUGCAGGGAGCUUACUCAGACAAACUUUUUGUUGGCUCCUGUAGUUGAUUCGCAACUGGAGUGUGCCAAAAAUUCGCUUGAGAAGGGAACUGGAGUGGAGGUAAGAAGUUGUGAUAUGAAAAAGAGCAACUGCUAUCAGUGCUUAACCUGCUCUAAGGUUUUCAAAUCAGGCCAAGCAUUAGGUGGACACAAGAGGGCUCAUUACUCUGGCCCAAAUGUGAGCAAAGUCGAAGAAACAGUUUUGAUGGACUCAGCAUUUCCAGAUCGCGUUGAGAUUCCUGAAAUUCUUGAGCAAAUUGCCUGCCAGUGA